AUGGAUUUGCCUGCCUUUGCAUUUAAAAACUGGAAAUGUUGUCACAAAUACUGAGAACUUGUCAACAUCUCACUUUCUGAUGGCUCUUUGGAAGAUUUUUAUCUUCAGGCUUCUUCUAUUAACAGGUUUGCGUCUGGCACGUGGCACAGUCUCUGACAGCUUUAAAGAAUGCAGUCAGUUCUUCUACAUGCACACAGCACCCACAGGUGUCCGAGGGGGCAAUCUGAAGAGGAUCUGCCAACGAUACGGAGAUAAACUACGUUACGCCACACUGUAUGACAGCAGACGCCGUUUGGCGCUUUAUUCGGCUUACACCUUCAAGAAGUCAGAUGGACAGCGGAGGAUGGACACACCCUGGAUGUAUGAACCACAGCUGGUUUCUGCUGAUGAAAGCGGAAACAUGAGAGAGUUGCCCUCUAGUGGUGAAACCGACCAACUGCUUGAGGAGAGCCAGGCUGUGUUAGCAGACUAUGUUGAUGCGGUGGAGUACGAGCGUGGCCCACUCAACCCUGACCAGCACCAGGCGGACAACCAAGACAAAGCAGCUACCUAUACUCUCACAAAUGUAGUACCUCAGAUCACAGACUUACUGGAGGGUCCAUGGUCCGUUUAUAUCGAUAUGGUACGCCGCCGCCUGAAUAACUUCUGCCGUGGUCCUGCCUAUGUGGUGACUGGGGUGACUGUAUCAGGGGUGACCAUCCGAAGAGGAAGAGAGGACCGCAUGGCCGUCCCAAAGCAUUUGUGGUCCGCUUAUUGCUGUCCACGGUUUGAUCGGAACUCACCCUAUGAUGUACGAUACAUGUUUCCCACUUAUGCAGCAUAUGCUUUGAAUGAGAUAGUGGGACACAGUGUUACUGAAGUGCCUUUGAAAGCUUUAGAGGCAUUUCUGAAAAGUCAGACUGACAUGGACAAAAGCGUGAGCAUCUUUUUUAAAGACUGUCUCACAGAAAAUUCACAUGCCAAUAGGGAGUGAAUGAAGCGACUCAACACUCAGACAUAUGGAAUAAUUCUCAGAAAAAAAUCGGUUCAUUUUAAAUGUAUUGAAUCUAUAGAAAAGUACUCCGUUUUUAAAUUUUUUUAUAUAAUACUGGGAAUAUGGAGCUUAUACUCGAGGAGUAAACAUACAUCAAUUAUAUUCCCAAAUUUUCAUAAGGUUUUGAUCAUGUUGAUUUAUUUUAGUGUUAAGAACAAUUUGAGAAAAUUACAUUUAAAUUGUUCUUACAUUAUGAAUGUAAGAACCAUUCAAGAGCAUAAUGUAAACAAACUAAUAAUAAAUAAAUAAGAGAUUGAAUUUGGCUUGCAGUAGCAUGUGCUUUAAUAUUAAUUUUAAUUCAAUUUGAAUGCAGUCAGGCAAGACUACACUACCUGUGAAGAGAGAAAAGUCACCUAUCAGACUUCGUCUUAGUCUUUGUAGAUGAUUUCCAUAUUAUCAUGCCACACUGCAGAGCAAGUUGUGUGUCCAUGACUUUACACGGCUUGUAUCACUGCAUUUAAAUAUCACUUUGUUGAUAUAGUGAGUACAUGAAUGUGAAUUUAAAGAUGUUUUAACUGCUGAAAUUGUGAACACAACUCAGUGGUGACUUGCAUAUACUCUACAGCUGGAAGGUAUGUGUAAGAGUUCUUGUAAUUUUUACUGAACUGAGUGUGCAACACGGAAAGAUAAGUCAAGUAACAGUCCAUCUAGCAUUCAAUUUAUUAUUCUCACAUCUAUGAAGAAAACAUUUCACGAGUUUGUGUGCUUAUAAUCUUGGCAUUAGUGGUAAACAGAUUUGGCUUGAUGUCUGCAAUGGAGGGCUCAGAGAAACAAAAGAUAAAUUAAUGUGCAUAAAAGAAGAAGAGGAGAUGCUGAAAGAACUAACAACAGAAGUAAGAGGAUGUUUUUUUAUACUUUGAUGUUAAUUGGAAAAUUA